AUGAACUCACGAGGUGACAGUAAGACACUCACCAAAAGGUCGGAGUUUACAGCGCAGGCUGCGGUACAUUUGAAACGGCACUAUCGUAACUCACCAUUCCGCAUCCAUGAUGAUACAGCCCGUCCGCUGCUUGAUAACGUCAACAAAUUAGGCUGUGAACGACUCCAACACAUAGCUCACAAAACAUUUCCAAAAUGCAACAUCAUUCAAAUACAUCGAAUCAACUCUCCACAGAUGUACGGAAUGUACCUCUUACGCAAGGAAGAAAUGAGAUUGGAAAAUGGCGGAUACGAUGCCCAGGAGUUGGUGCUUUACCACGUGACCGCCAAGUCUAGAGCUUUGGAGUCGCUAAAGAAUGGGCUCGACUGGAGGCUCACCAGGCGUGCCAAGUUCGGGUACGGCGUUUCGUUCAGCAACGACGUGGACUAUGGCAAUUAUUACGCCAAUCGAUCCACUAAUGAAGGGAUUCGAGUGAUCGUCAUGAGCACUGUACUGAUGAAUGAUUCACCGAAUCAGGUGACGGAAAAAUGGGACCGAAAGAACAGCCUAAUCAUACCGCCCGGGACCGCAGAUACGACGGUGAGCCCUAACGGCCACGUAUUUGUCAAGUACACCGACUUCGAGUCUUACCCUCUAUUUUUUAUUUACUACCGGUGGACACCCGAACUGUUAAAUGAAAGCAAAUAUUUCAUGGCCAUCGACAAUAACCACCAAAGGUUGCAGCUGGAAAAGACGCUGUGUCAGCAAGCAGCAAAUCUGUGUAUCGGCAAGUCUAGCGGCCACCGCGGUGUAGCCAAAGCGGCCACUGCCACGUCGACGCCGACGACGCCGGCACGCCAAAGCAGAAACGCCACUAAGCAACGCCGACGCCGGCGCAAUCGCGCUGCAGCCAAAGCCGAUGCCGACGCAACCGCUCCGCAGCCGAAGCCGCCGACGCCACCGCGCCAAAGCAGAAACACCACCAAGCAACGCCAACGGCGACGGAAUCACGCUGCAGCCAAAAUAAAGAAGCAACGCGCCGCCGAAGCAGACGCGCAAGCAAGCACUAAGCAGUGUCACCGCUGUUCCUCCAGUGGUCAGUCGAAAAUGAUGAUAGAAGUACCUAUUGAUUAUUAUAUAAUAUAA